AUGGACAUUCCUGGGACAGCAACACAACCCAUGGAGGAGGAAUCACGUAAAGCCAAGCAGGCAGCAGCAGGAGGAGAAGGAGGCAAUGAGUCGGGUGACAACACUGCUGGUGGAUCUGGUGCAGGUGGUGGAGACGACCAUGGUGACGAUCACAUUGAAGACGAGGACGGAGACUGGGAAACAGAGACCUCGGAGAGUGAGGAGGAGGAAUUGGAGGACGAUGACGAUGAUACCAGUGAGGACGGCACCUACUCCAAUGACGAACUCGCCGAUCAUGAUAUCAAUCCCAACGACCCCGAAAGCAUCUUCUACCACCUCUACAACGGCAGCUUGGACGAUAUCGGCCAGCUUGGCGAUGACGAGGAGGGAGGCGAUGACGGAAGUGAGGGUUUCAUGGAUAUCGAAGACUUUGACGACAGCGAGAGCGAGGAUGAAGAAAUGGAGGGCCCACAAGUCAUGGACGACGAUGAAAAGAUUGAAGAACUGAGCCCGCGGACCCGAGCGAUCUACCGACCCUGCUUGCCCGACGAUAGUAUCCCGUCCGAUUUCAGUGGAGACGAGAAAUACACGCCCAAGGAGUUCAUCUCUGGAAACGACGGCGAAGGGGAUCAAGACAUGGUCGACUUUUCGGCCUACGAGGAGAACAACGAGGAUGAUCCAGAGUUUUAUAAGGUCGCGACCAAGAUCCGAGAGCUGAUGCUGAACCUGAAGAAGGGCCGUGCCGAACGGGAACGGAAACUCAGGAUGCAGCCAGGGUACCAACAACAACAACAGCAAGAAUCCCUCACGUAUGCCGAGGACUCGCCCAUGGCUCCUGCGGUCAACGACGACUUUUCGCCCCUAUCUAUUGCGGUCGGUGAGGACGUAUCAGACAUGAUUGGUGGGAGAUAUGUUGAUCCAGCACCGUUUUUGCAUCGCUUGUUGGUCCGUGGACGCAGUCAUCCUCGGGAAGUCGAGCAUUCACCGGCGAUCAGCAACCAUUUCCAGUGCGCCAACUCUAUGGUCAUCGUGCCGUCGACCAUGGGACUCUGGGACGACAUUUUCACAAUCCACCUUCACAGCAUCAUUCGCUGCGGUGUCCUCGAACGCAACACCCUCGCCAACUACAACCGACGCACCCUGGCCCAUUUUGCAAACGAGGACCCAAAUAAGGACGGCACAACCCGGAAAGCGGUUCUCAGACCGUAUGCCCGACCGCUCAAGACAGUACACGCGUCAAAAUUUAUGGAUCUCUUCAGUUAUCGGUUCGACCAAUUGCCAGAAUCGGAGGAUUAUAUCCGGCUGGAGGAUCGAGACGAUCCGAUUUGUAUCGCGAGCCGGUAUGGAUACAUGGCACAUGGAGCCGUCAGCGGGAGUAUCGCGGUCUACUGUACACAGUGCAGUGAGGAGCCGUACGAGAUCGAUAGCGCCUACCUGUCCAGCUCCGAAGACGACGACGGCGUGAUGCUCAACAGUCUGCAGAUUGUCCGCUGGAACCGUUACUACCGGAGUCGGACCUCUCAGGAUGAUGGUCUACAGGAUCAGGAUGGCGACGACCCGUUGACGGAUUACGAUGAAGAGGAUGGAUACCCUUCCAAGAAAUCGGGUCAGUUUGAUCACUUUCUUGUGAUGGCCGGCAAUGAAGGUGGACUUGUUAUUGCUUCACUUCCUGACCACACGGAUCCUAAGCGAGCCCACAAGGACAGUCACCAUCAUCAUCACCAUCAUCAUCACCACAGUAGCACGCCAGAACACCGGUUCAAAUACAGAGACGACCGCACAUGGAUCCGCGAGGGAUUUGGAGGAGCAUUAUUGAACGACGCCAAGGCCUCGCCCAACGGACGGUGGAUUGUGGCAGUUGGAGAUUCGGCACAGGUCUGGAUCAUUGAGGUCACCCACGUCCCCGAGACGGAGGAGCAGAGGAUCUUGCGGGAAGCUAGAGAGGAAGAGUUGGACAUCGAGGAUCUGGAGACGGACUCGGAGUAUGCCACUGACGACGACAACGAGAAGAUGAGCGAGGAUGAGGUGGUGGAUGGAUCGGAGGAGAAGAAGGAUCUGGUCGCCGAGGAAGCAAGAACAACGACAGUAUCGGACAAGCCCCGGGGAGCCAAGCGGUCUCGUGACUCUGAGGAUUCUUCAUUGGACAACGAAGUCGAAGACAGAACCAACCAACCUAAGAGCCCUAAACCGGCGACGACUCCAAGGUUGUUGCAUCUGUUUGGCCAGCCCCAAGAGUUGCUCGUGCCCCACAAGAUCUUGUUCACUGCAAAGCACAAGAAGAACCGACAGCCUCGAGGUCCCGAUAGAGCCGGACCAGGAAACAGUACUGGCAGUGCCUUUGGUGCGACAAAAGUGACUUUCCAGUAUGUCUCAUGGAAUGCAACGUCGACCAAGUUUGCCCACUCGUCGGAUACAACAUCCCGUGUCGUCGUAUGGUCAAUGCCGUCGCGCGAGAUUGUCUGCUGUGUCGAUACCGGAGGACCGGCGUUCUCGAUCGAGUUCCAUCCAACACUCGAGAACCUGUUUGCGGUGGCCAACUGGUACGGGUUCGUGCACGUUGUCGAUAUCACGGGUGCCUGUGUGGGGGACGAGGACCUGGUGGUGAGCGAUACACGGUACAACGGCCGUGCUGAACAUGGUGGACCCGGUCUUGCGGGUUGUGAGGGUCCACAUUACGAGGAGAAGCAUGAUAUCUUGAUGGUCUCGUUCCGGGGGCAGAGCAAUUUCCGACUCCGGAUUUUUGAUGGGAUCCGAGGAUUGGGAUGGUCGACGGAUGGACGGCACCUGUAUGUGUCAACGCUUCGGAGGGUGCUGCAGUAUGAGGUUGCAGAUGCACGGGUACGUGUUCCAAGCUUAUUUCAGCUUUGCGCGAGGAAGGUGAAGGAGUGGAAGGAGCGGGAGAUGCAACGGGUGUAUACCCGGGAGAAGGAGUCGUCUAUCAGGAAGGCGUUUGGACCCUUACAGGACGACUGGGAGUAUGUCCCUUAUGCGAUCAAGCGCAAGAUCUUUGGUGAUCACUUUCUCAUGCGGUCCCAUAACGAGUAG